GGCUGCGUCACGAAGCGGCGCGGCGAACAAUCAGGAAAUGUCAGCCGUAGAUAGGCUUGGCGCGGGCCGGGUGGCAUUGCGAGGCGCGGAAGCGGAGCGCGCACAACGCACCGCCGUCGGCUCUCCAUGGCUUCUUCGUCUCAGCUGUACACGCUGUGCGGUUUCAGCGCCGAACUGGACUGGAGACCGCUGCGCUUCGUCGAGCCCGUGCCGGCGCACCGAGUGUGCAGCGUGUGCGGUGUGCUGCCCAGCGUGACCGCCUUCCUGUCGUGCCGGCACGUUCUGUGCAGAGGCUGCUACGAGCGAUGCCUGCUCGACGGCUGUCCGAUCGAGGGGGACCCCUUUCUGGAGGAUGACGUCGAGUGGAGAGAGCUGCCUGCGCAGAACCUGCUCAGUCGGAAGGUGAAAUGCUGGAAUGAAAAGCGUGGAUGUGAAACGGUCCUGGCCGCAGCGGAGAUCAACAAACAUUAUCGCGAGGGCUGCGAGCACCACUACACGUCUUGCCCGAAAUGUUCGACGGUCGUGCUACGUCGCGAUGUGUGCGGGCAUCUGCGGAGCAAAUGCAGGGAUCACGCGGUGUCUACGACGAUCGGUGCCCCGGAGAAGUCUGACCACGAUGACCAAAAGGCGAUGAUGAUGGCUCUCAACGCGAGCCUGGACGUGCGAGGAGAUGAAAUCAAAGACAGGCUAGACCAAGUCAUCAGUGAUAACACCUCCCAAAGUGACCGCCUCAACGAGAUUUCUCAUUGCAUGAACUCGACGAAAGAAACGCUGCAGCAAAUGUCAAGGGAACGCAAAACGUCUGAGAGUGAAGAGUUCCAGGCUGUGGUGGGCUUAUCGUCUUCCGAAGUCAUCCAGGAAAGUUUGGUUGGCCACGGUGAAAAGAUGCACCAGCUUGCACUGACUGUGAGCAAUUCGAAUAAAACACUGCGAGAAGUCGAAUACGAGCUAAAACAGACCUUUCGAAAAGAGUUGCAGGAUGCAACGCGGACCAUUUGUAGAAAUUUUGAGGAAAGUAUCGCUGGCAUUUGUGACGCGAAGCGCACCGCGGAGGAUUUCGAGUCGAGUACAAUGAGUAGACAAAAAGAACUGGCCCUGAACACUAUCGACGUUAAUCGGUAUGAGUUUUAUGUAAGGGAUAUAAAGUCGAUGACCGACAGCACCCACUCAAAAGGCUUUAGGGAUUGCGCGAGUGAAAAGAUAUACAUCUGUGGCUAUCACAUGUCGCCAGGAGUGUACUUCAGAAAGGAAGGUGAUCACGUCUUACUGUAUGCCGGUCUUCAGCUGCACAAGGGAGUGAUCGACGAAUUCCUUCAGUGGCCGUUCAAUCAUAGCGUCAAGAUGACCGCCAAACAUCCGUCGGAAGACAAGCACUGCUCCUUCAUCGCAAAAACUGGGGGUAAUCUGGACUACGAUGGAAGACCCGAAGAAUCAAGUAACGAAGGGUCGUAUUUUCGAGACGGCUCGUUUAGAUUGGAUGAUCUGGAGCGUGAAGGAUACGUCACUGACGACAAGCUUUGGAUAGUGUGGGAGCUUGUUCCGGAGUACAUAACCGAAGAGAAGUGACAUGUCCUGGACGUUUCUUUAUAUAUGCUUAUGUCGGAAGACUUGUUGAAAGCGAGCGCGGCCGUACUGGUAGCUUCGUUGCAAGCAAAAUAAAAUCUUUUUAGAUGCG